GAGAAAUUUUAAUAGCAUAUCCUAUUUUAAAUCUUAAAAUGUGGCAUUUUUCAAACCAGAAAGUGCAAAUCUAAUUACCUAGUUUUGACCAUUGAAAGUCUUUGAAGGUUCAAUCUCUGAGCAUUUCCAGCGCGUCAAUUUGAGUGUAUGGGCUACAUAUCUAAUUUAGACGCUGGAAAUGACGGAUGACGCACUAGUUCUGGUUUUUAAGGCCUUAGAUACCGAAAAUAAAGGAUAUAUCACAGUCGAUCAAUUUGUUACGACAUUCAAGGAGUUUUACAACUCUAGUGGAUCUCAUGGUGAACGGCGCUCUUCGUUUUCCUCUAAUGAAAUAAUGAAAGUGGUACAGGCACUAGACCCUGAAAACGACGGAGUUAUUCAUUUCGAAGACUUCAAGAAGGCCUUUGAAGGAAAUAUCACUCUUGAUGAUGAACAAAAUACAAAACACUCGAAUAACCUUGCUAGAACGCUGGAGGGCCAAAAUACUUCCGUGAGGUCCAGUUUCUUAUCGGACGGAUUGGAAAAUAAGACCGAUGAUAGUGGUGUGCAUAUGCAGGAUCCAACUUUAUUCGAUAUAGACACUGAUUCUGCCUUAAGUGCUGAUGGACCGCACAAUACCCGUUUACAACGGGGUGAAAUUAGAAGCAGUUGGCCAAAACAUAGGUACAGUCUGGGCUAUUUUGCUAAUCCUAUGUUAAGCCUACACCAUGGUCCAGAUUCUCCAGCUAGCGCUUCCCAAUCCGAUAUAUUAGUCGGUGAUAUGGAGAGUAAUUUCGAGUUGAUUCGAGAUCAAAUGCGAAGAAUGGAGGAGCGGGUUCAAGAUCUUAAAAUUGGCAGGAGUUCUGAAAGUGAAACUCGUUUAGAUCGUUUAAGAGAGGAGAAUGCUCGUUUAACCGCUCAAGUCACUGUACUAGAAGAACGUUUAAAAGAGGCUGAUGCACGAUCCAGUCGUGCAUUAGAAGCUGAACGACAGCAUAUGCAGUCAAUUCUAUCACGCUCUUCACGAGAACAUACACAAGAAUCAGAAAAUCUACGUGCUCGUAUCAGUACUCUGGAGGCGGAAUGUUCUGAAUUACGUGUUCAGGCAGCACGUAUCAAAGCCGAUAACCAAGCGUGUAUCAUUGAUCUUCGACGAACUAAUGAACAAUUCAGUGAGUCACAAGAACAGGUUCGAAGUCUUCAAGAAGAGAUAAAUUCAAUGAAAAAUAGACAUGCUAAAGAAAUGGAGGUUUUAAGAAAGGAUCGUGAUCAUGCUGUACAUGUGUUAGAAGAAUUAAAUGGUUCAAUGGGAGGCAAACGACGAAGCAGAGUGGGUUCAGGUUCAAGCACUAUUGCUGCAGCGGCAGCUGCUGCAACUGGCAGCUCUGAAGUUUUAGCACGUUAUCAAGAAGUUCAAGAGAUCGUCCGUCGGUUAACUGCUGAAAACAAAGCAUUACGACAACAAGUGGAAGAAGCUCAAGAAGAACUCCUUACUCAGUCACUCCAACAAGGUAGGAGUUUGAUACGAUCUUCUGAGAAAAGUUGGGCUGCUGAAAUCGAUAAUUGCACUAAGGAAGAGGUUGUCGAAUUGUUAUCCAAAGAGAAGUAUGCCAAUGAACAGUUACGCAAAUACAUUGAUGAUUUGAUAACACGAAUUAUUGAACGACACCCGUCUCUACUAGAAAUUGCCAGUGGUGGUGGAGGCUCAUGAAAGGGGAAAAAAGAGCCAGCCAAAGAGAAUUUGUAUCUAUAUACCUAUUUGUCUAACUAUCCAUGUUACUUAUUGAUCAGUGACUAAAAGGCACACUUAUUUGAGAUUUCGUUCUUCUCUUUUCUUUCACCCCUCCAUUUUUUAUAAAUAUAUAUUAAAUAAAUAACAUGCAUGCAUAUUUUUUUCACAGACAAACUGUCAUCCCAUUUUUGUUUUUAUUUUGCUCAUGUUUUUGACCACAAAAACCAAGUUACAUGUUGCAUACUCAUUUUUAUAUAUACGUAUUUGUAUAUUGUAUUUGUGUGAGGGCAUUGUUAUUCAGAAUUUGGUUUGUUUUCUUACUAACUGAAAGUGAAACAACGUAGUCAUAGCAGUAGUAACAUGCACGCGCUCCCCUAUAACUUGUAACUUUUCUUCUUCUUCUUCUUCUUACUUAAAAUAUUGUGUUUUGAAAACAUCUUUUUCACCUUUCUCGGUCCACUUUCUUUUGAGUGUGUCUGUUUAUUCAUCUAUAUAUAUAUCUGCGCGUCAUGUUUUCUGCGUAAAGCAGCGUGAUUGAUGACGUAGCAGGUCAUAUUACGCAGAUUAGUAGUAACAUUUUUGACGAAAACAAUACCGUACAGCACAUGAAAUUCGCGUAGUUAGAGGAAAGAAAGAAAAGAUUCUUUUUUUACCCUCCAAACAUUUAAGCUAACCUACACACUUUUCUAUGUUUUGAUAGAACUGAAUAACACGAUACAUUCCGUAAUUAUUACUAUUAAUAUUUUUCUGGUUCUUUAUUUAUGUGUUUGUUUGUGCUACAACUGCAAGCCUUCUAACCCUUGAACCUGUUUCAACUUGUGAUUACCUCUCUUCUGGGCUGUAUUACAGCAACAGAUUCUGCAGUAGUGAUGUGAUAGUGUUUCAGAAUUUUUUUUCUGUCGUUUCCUUUUUCUAACACAGCCUAAAAUGUCAAUUUUUAACCCCUUAUAUAUAUAUAUAUAUAUAUAUA